UCAUUGAUUCUCUCUCUCAAUCACUCACUCAUUCAAUUUCUCUCUAUGCAGAGUUUACUACACUAACUGACACUGUAGUACACAUGCACACAAAGCCAACUGGCAAAUAUUGAUUUCAUUCGCAUAAAGAUAAAAUAAGAAGGCGAAAGGAGUGACUAAAGGGACAAGCAUUUUACAACUUUUUUCUUCUUUAUGUUUAAUCAAUUAUUUUUUAUUUCUUCUUCUUCAUCUUCUUCUACUUAUAUACUCUCUCAACAAAACACAUUAACAAGCACUAUACUCUUAUAGGUCCUUUACCACUCUACAAACUCUACUCAUUCAUCACCUUACCAAAAUCUAUAUAACACUUCCAUAAUCUUUAUACCACAUUCAUUCUCGAAAUAUGGAUAUGUCGAAUUACUCGCAAUACAAUAGUGAAAGUGAAUCUGGUUGGACUAAUUACUUCAACCCUUCCUCUUUUUCUGCAAAACAUUUCGAUAGCAAAAGUGUGGAUAAUUAUGAAGGAAAAGGCGCAACGAUGGAAGAAGAGGAUGAAGAAGAAGAUUUAUCCAUGGUUUCUGAUGCUUCUUCUGGACCUCCACACUAUCAUGUAGAGGAAGAUUAUCAACAAAACUAUUGUGUAAAUUGGAAUUACUCUUCAAGCUCUAAAGAAUCCAAAAAGAAGGUCAAUGAAUAUGGUAGAAAAAGUCAACAGUCUUCACCUCUUGAUGAUACUGCUAGCUCCCAUGUUCUUAACCAUCCCAAGAAGAAAAUCAGUUUCUCUGGGAAUGGAGCAGUGGAGAAUAAUAAUAAUAAUACACUUGAUUAUUCCCCUUGCUUCUCUGCAACAAGAACAAAGAGAAAGACUAAAUUCCAGAAGCAUUCUCUUGGUGGAAAACAAGCUUCAGAGGAGCCAGGUGGUUUUAUUGAAGAAAGGAAAUGAAAAUUGUGGCUGCAAUGCAACUUUCUCUUAAGAGAUGUGAAAGGAGAUGCAAGGUGUUAUGAGACAAGGAAUGUAAAAAUAAAGAAGGAAUAGUUCUUUUUGAUGUAAUUUUUGUUGUUUUUUAUUAUGUUGGUGUCCCACUGCCAAUGCAGUUUGGAACAACCUAAGAACAAAGUUUCUCAUUCCAUUUUCUUAUUUCCCAUUCAAA